UGUGUGGGCUUGAGCCGCGAAAGCCAUUUUCCUAUUGCUAUUAUUUGCUCUUAAUGGGCUUGUACAUUCAGGUUAAUCGGUCCGGUUUCCUUCGACUACUCCUGACCAAAUUACGGUUUAAGUUAACUAGCAUAAAAUGAAAAAUAUUAAAUCAUUAAAACACGUCUAUAUAUACGUGUCCCUCCCGUCAAUAUCGCAGUCUCACGAUUCUCACAACAGUUUCUCUCUAAAAUUGUUUCAACGAUUAACUCUCCCAAGUUACUGUGUAUCUCCGACGAAGAAGCGCGAGAGAUUCCUAAAAGGGUCUUUCUUUCUUGCAUCCAAGGAAACAGUGAGGUCGUCUCUCUCCGGCGUUCCUCCAUCUCCGGCCAAGAAUCGCAGUACUCAUCUUUCUUGACAUCCAAGGAAACAGAGAUCUCUAUCUCCGGGAAAGAAGAAUCGAGCCAAGAACCACGAAAAUACCACUCGAGAUCCUUUCUUGCCAUCAAAAUAUAACGAAAAUGCCUCUCUUCGUCCUCUCUAAAUCUUCAGCAACGAAGAGUCAGACGUUUAUGAGCCAAGAGCAGCAGGGGACGUCUCCGAUGAACACAGACGAAGCCUUGAAGGGUCAUCAUUGCUUCUGGAAAACCCCAAAUUACCUUGAAAGUACUCUGUCUAGAAGAUACCAGAGUAACUUUUCGCUUGGCUCACAAAGAUUCUCUGGCCAGUUUCUGAUGAUCCCUAACCCUGGAUUUGUCGACAUAAGUUCGAUGACAAAUAGUCAGGAUACCAAUCCAGCAAGUUUUCAGCCUACCAAUCCAAAGAUUAUCUUGAAAGAGGAAAAAGAAAAUGAGGAGCAACAGUACUGGACCAUCAAGAAGGAACUGACCAAGAGCAAUGUUGCCUACGGUACUUGCCGUCGACUUACUCUGUCAAAAAGCUCCGUUGAGGAGCACAUUCUGAAACAUCUCCUUCCAGAAGAUUCCAAAAAGAUAGACAAAGGCAAGCCCGGAAUCACGGUUAUGGUGUACGACCACGAUACAGACACUGAGCACGAGCUCUGUCUAGCAUUCCAGCGUAGCUAUGUUCUAAAGAAUGGUUGGGUUAAAACAUUUAUCAAAAGGAGAGGCUUGGAGGAAGGAGACAAGAUUGGUCUCUUCUGGGAAUGCUCUACUUAUAAGCUUCAUUUUAGUGUGCUUUCUCGUGUAAAGACAAAAGCUCCAGCAUAAGAAAAAGAAGGUAAAAAAAAAGAAAAAGAAAAAGAAGCUAUUAAUCCAGUAAUCAAUCUCCAAUGUAUUAAGAGUUGCUGCAUUUUGUUAUCUCAUUCAGAAACGCUUAUUACCAAGUUGAAGAGUAAGUUUUUUUUUUCUUGUCAAACAGUGAUUAGCAGUUAAGCAGUGUUGCUUAUGAUACAUGUUUAGCAGUUUAGGUAUCCAACUUGAGAAUUAAUUGAUGUGUUGUAAACAAACAAUACUUCAAAAUAGAUCUUAUGUUUUAAUGUGCAACUUUUGGUUCUUCUUAUUUCCAUAUAUAGCAACUUUCUAAGCAUUCACCUUUAACCAAAUGUCCCCAGAAAACAACUUAAGUUAUAUGAACAAGAACUUCACAUUAUCGUUGGUUAGUCACAACAAGCAGUGUAUAAUGCUAAUGCUUAUACAUAAAAGCCAGGAUCAAGAAUUGUCAAAGCAAUUUUUUUUUUUGGGCUUGAAGGCCUAAAAGUUUUUU